GAGGGCAUUAGAAGUCAAACAAGCCACAGCAAUGUUAGUAACGACCCUGGCGGUGUGCUGCGCCACCAUCGACCCCGGCAGCUGGCAGCGCAAAACAUAUUCGUGUGUAGAUAGCCAAUAGAUUAUUUAUUGUUCCAAAAUGAACUAAUUUUAUUCAGAAAAAAUUCUCAAAAUCUGAAACUCCUUUCGACAAAUGUGUCUUCAAAUGUCAUUCAACAAUGGAAAAUGGCAUAUUCACUCGUCUUUUUGACGUCGAAAAGAAGGAACGAACCCUGACAAUUUACCAACAACAAGUUGGAGACGUUAGCUGUGUCGUUUGGGAUGCAGCACUGGUCCUGGCCAAGUACCUGGACCACAAGUGUAAUGACGAAGAUACAGCAGUGUCUUUCCUGGAUGGACAGAACGUUCUGGAGCUGGGGGCUGGGACUGGAUGUGUAGGAAUGACCGCAGCCUGCCUAGGGGGCAAUGUGGUGAUGACAGACCUCCGGAGUACCAUGCCGAUACUCCAGAAAAAUAUAUCGCUGAAUCAGGACCAAUGGAGAGAUUUUGGAACUGCUAGAGCUGAAGUCCUAGACUGGAAGAAUAAUUAUGAAUUGGAUUUCGUUCCUGACAUUGUUGUGUUGGCUGAUUGUGUUUAUUACGAAAAAUCUAUUCACCCAUUGAUAAAAACCCUGGAACACUUAUGCAGGACGAACCCCAGGACUUAUAUCAUCCUCGCCCAAGAGGAGCGAGACACCCCGGUGCAAAUACAAGUCUGGAAAGACUUUCUGAUGCAUUUGAAAACAAUAUUUGAGCUGAGGUAUAUUCCCUUGGAAGAACAGCAUCCAACAUAUUUCAGUAGAGACAUUCAUUUAAUUGAAUUAAGGCUGUUGAGGUGAUGUCUAACUCCUGACGUAUUUAUUGGAAUAACAAAGGGAAAACAAUGAAUAAAAGGAUGAAUUAUUUCAUAAAUUCCCCACCAAAUGAUUACUUUUUUGAAUUACAACAUUAAUCAGUCAAUAAU